CCUCCUCGACCAUCCGCUCAGAGUUGAAGUUGCGGUCCGCACGUGAGGGUCUGAAUGAGGGCGAACCCGACGGACUGAGAGACAGACCGGCGGGAGGAAGCUGGGACCAUGAAAAACGGAGUGGAUUUGUGAAUGAACCCACAGAGUGAAGACAGCAGUCCAGCCGCGCGCAAAGGGACUCGAUUCAUAAAAUGAGGCGUGUGACCUGAGAAGCUUCAGAUCUGCAGUUUGGUUUUACAUUUUUUUUUUUUUCAGUUUCAAUGGGAACCGAAUAACACACGAGGAACCGCGUGGCACCUGCUUGCAUUUAAAAGAUUUUGAUGGCGUUUUUCUGUCCCCGAAUGUUCAUCGCGAUUCCUCGAGCGUAAAUGACCACAUUAAUCAUCUGUCGGUGUCUUCUUCUUGUUUAUACCGGUGACAAGUGAACCCACACUGCUAGACAGCGGGACUUAUCAAAGCUAAAAACGUCUCUUAUACAGAAAUGUCCCAAGAUACCCUGUUUAAAGACGCACGCUCCAGUGCCUUUGCGCGCAGUGAUGCGCACCAUGUGUUGCCCUUUUGAUGUAUAACCUGUUGUUUUUACCUCUUAUGAGUAUUAAUGUCAGCAAUUGACUGGUGCGCCUAGUCUGACAGUUGGAGUGAUGGUGGGGCUGCAGGACCCCCCAAAAACGGAUAAUAUAAAACACAUCAAUUGAUAAAAAAAAGAAAGAAAGUGUAACCGUAUAUAAUGUUUCCCCCUUUCUGGGAUAUUGGAUAUAUGUGAAGUAUACAAGUAUUUGUGGUGGGUAAAGAGGGGUUGCUUUGUUUUGUAUCUGUUCGUUAGUCGAUUACUCGAUUCCUUGUGAGGACUUCUUUUCGUGAACGCAUUGAGAAGUUUUAGAAGAAGUUUCAAGUUUCCCUCUGAAUCAAAGCAACCAAAGACAACCAUCCAUCCUGACAGACAGACUGUAAAGAGUAUAAGCAUCCCUGGACGAGCCGUGCGUUAUGAUGAAUGGACCGAUCUUCCACGAUCCGUUGCGACUCGUCGACCCGAGGCACCUUCCGCAAAUGAUGUCCCUGGAGGACCGCGAGCCCACCAUGGUGGAGGGGACCCUGGGGCCCCGCAACUCCACGCCGCCCGGGGGGGAGGGGGCUCCGGGCCAGCAGCACCAGUCCUUCCCCUGGGUGGAGACCCUGCUCGCCGGCGUCCUGAUCACGACCAUCGUGGUGGAUGUUAUCGGGAACCUGCUGGUCAUCGUGUCCGUGUUCAGGAACAGGAAACUCAGGAAAGCAGGAAACGCCUUUGUGGUGAGCCUGGCUUUUGCUGACCUAGUUGUCGCCAUCUACCCCUAUCCGCUGGUCCUGACCGCCAUCUUCCACGACGGCUGGAUCGCCGGUUACAUCCACUGUCAGAUCAGCGGCUUUCUCAUGGGCCUCAGCGUCAUCGGCUCCAUCUUCAACAUCACGGGCAUCGCCAUCAACCGCUACUGCUACAUCUGCCACAGCCUCAAAUACGAUAAGCUCUUCUCCAACAGCAACACCAUGUGCUACGUGGUGCUCGUCUGGGUGCUCACCAUCCUCGCCAUCGUGCCCAACUGGUUCGUAGAGUCGCUGCAGUACGACCCAAGGGUGUACUCCUGCACCUUCGCCCAGUCCGUCAGCUCGCUGUACACCAUCACGGUGGUGGUGGUGCACUUCAUCCUGCCAAUCGGCAUUGUCAGCUACUGUUACCUUCGCAUCUGGAUCCUGGUCAUCCAGGUGAGGAGGAGGGUCAAGCCGGACACACGGCCAAAGAUCAAUCCGCACGACCUACGCAACUUCCUGACCAUGUUCGUGGUGUUCGUGCUCUUCGCCGUCUGCUGGGCGCCGCUGAACCUGAUCGGCCUGGCGGUGGCGCUGGACUCCAGGCUGAGCUGGGCGAUCCCGGAGUGGCUGUUCACCGCCAGCUACUUUAUGGCGUACUUCAACAGCUGCCUCAACGCCGUCGUCUACGGCGCCCUGAACCACAACUUCCGGAAGGAGUACAAGAGGAUUGUCCUGAUAAUCUUCAAGUUUCACUGCUGAGAGGAUACGCCGAGGAGAGGGUGAAGGGCACUUUAACUUUUGUGACAAGAAAGGGAUAUUGUAAAGUACAAUUUGACAAAGAGGAAAACAAAUACAAGGUACUGUGUGAAGAAGAAAGAAAAACACUUUGUAUGCAAGAGAAAAGAAGAAGAACUUUAAAAGCUGGAGGUGAAGAGGAGGAAAAGAGACUAAGUGAAAUAAAUGAUGCCACAGUGUAAGUUAUCUUUGAUGCCUUCAGGGAACUUGGGGGAAGUAAAAAAAAAAUAAAGAAAGAGGGAGGCAGAGACUAACAUAAAUCUUAACUUAGUAAUAUAUUUCAUCAUGACUUUCUUGGGGAAUGAAUGAAUAACUCAUUCAUUCAUUCAUGAAUUACUCUUCAAAUGAAAUAAUUGUAUUUUCAUCAACUUUAUACUUCAUAAUGUCGGGAUAUUCAAACAUUGUGAUCAUCUCCCCUGAUUUCCUUUUCAUUUGAUGCAAAAAAAACUAGUUUCAAGACAGUAUCCUGGGAUGUUUUUAAAUCAGUGGACGUCAGAGGUGUAUUUAAAAACAGGAGCGUAGCUGUAACCACACCCAACAGUUACGUCACAAAGUCCACCUGUACAUCCCUGCAGCCAGGUGAGAUGUUAAACCACUGAAGGUCAGCAAAGACAAGAUUGUUGGAGGGUGUUAAGUUUAUCUGUUACUCUGUGAAGUAUUAAACAUGUAAUUAAUGGCAGAAAGUAUCUUAGAUCUGGCAACAAAAGGCUGGAUUGAUGGGAUAGUUUCAGAGGCCAUAGCCACGGUAGCUAUGCUAUAGGCUACACCAGGGGUCAGCAACCUUUUUAACAUGAAAUGCCAUUUGAAAAUCUUCUUGUUAAUGGGUGUGUCUUAUCACCUGAUAUCAGUUACCAAACGAAUGGAAAGUAGAUGGAGAAAAAGUAAAUUAAACUACAAUAAAUAACAGGCUGUGCUCCUGCCAAUGGCUGUGAAAGAGGUCAUUUGGCAUGCGGAUUGGAAUAUAAAAAUUAAAAAGAUUAAAAAAAUCUCUUGCACACCUAAAGCUAGUGUGCCAUUGGUUUUGCUAAAUUUAAGUAAAACACAAAACCAGCCAGAUUAUUUACACGCCCAUCUCAUGGCUAAGUUUAGAAAUCAGAAUGCAACUCAACAUCAUCAUGAAUUCUCUGCAUUGGCAAAUCAAAUGUGCAGGACGCAAAUGCAGGACACGGAAGGGGUGGUGGUAGGACAAAACAUUUUAGUCUAGAGGAGGAUCUGAUUGAGGGGCUGAUGGCAGGGAAGAAUGGAAAAAACAGUUCCCUGUACAGCUGGCAGGGACGUGAGCAAAAGGACAGACAGGCGGGUGAUGAUCAGGGGACACAUGGUGAGACAGGUUAGUCAAAAGACGAAGAUAAUGAAUCACUAGAGAGAUAAACUAAGUUUGCCUAAAAGCAUAAACCACCACUGGGCUUGAAACAACAAUCUGGCAAAGAAUGGUUGAAGAGCUGAUGGCACAUACCCUGCGAGCCGGUGAGCAGACGGGGACAGGUGAUGAGCCAUUUGCAGACAUGUGCAUGAUCAGCAGAGCCGGUCAAACCUUUUCCCAAUUCCCGAUUUUUGCACCACCACAGCUCCUCCUAUCUCUUUUAUGACUCCGCCGUUCAAAUCUGCUGUGGGUGGGAUUAAGAUGCGAGGAAGGCGAGGAGAGGAAUCAGGGACGCACAGAGUGGGAUUUGGGAAAGGUCCGAGGACGGGAGACUACGGCCAACACACAAGCAGACCGAGGGACGGGAACACAGCAAACACAAGUCCUAGGGAAUCUUCUCGGGGCACAGCCAACGGCCAUGACAGUGUCCACUCCCAGUAAAUGAUCUUCUAACAUGAAUGGUGUAGUGUCUACCUCGCAAUCAUCAAGACUGUGUAAAAUAGUAACAAUUUGUAAGGACUUGACACUCUUUUUCCCUCUCUUGUGUGAGCUGCUAAGGCGUUUUAGUUUUUUUAAUUCUCUGGGACUGUGUCACUCUCUUCACACCAACGGCCUCUUCUACCUGGGACAGAAACAGCACAGAUGGGAUGGACGCUUCACUUCUGUCAUAUUUUGGGUUUCUUAAUUUACUAAGACGAUAUGCAGAUGUUGAUUGUGUACUGACGCUCAAAUGAACAAAACCAGAGUGGAAGAAAAGACAGAACAAGGCGUCACUGCCAUUCAGAAGCAAUACUGUGUGCACUUUCAUGUCUAACACGCACGCAACACUUUUCAUUUCAGUCCCACAAAACACACAAAAACCCUGCUUCAGGGGGUGUGAUUGUACUCAAGUACAAUCACACCCCCGAAGCAGUGAGUAGAUUUAAUUAAACAUUGUAAUAUUAAAUAUGAAAAUGAUUUUUUAAAAAGAGGCGUGAAAAUGAGCAAUUAAGAAUUCUGACCACAUCACUGUUUCGCUCUUCUGAAAUGUGGACGAUGAAUGUUGAAUAUGUAUAAAUCAGCAGGGUGUUGCUGCUGUGAUAAUCUGCCUGUGCUUCAUUUAAUGAGCUCUAUGUGUGUGUGUGUGUGUGUGUGUGUGUGUGUGUGUGUGUGUGUGUGUGUGUGUGUGUGUGUUUUGUGUGUGUGUGUGUGUGUGUCGUGCUAUUCUACCCAAAUGUAUAGGUCCACCAGGGCCAGGUGUAGUAUGGAAUGUAUUCUGAACAAAAUCAUAAACGCAACACUUUUGUUCCCUAUUUUUCAUGAGAUUAACUCAAAGAUCUAAAGACUUUUCUCAAAUAUUGUUCACAAAUCUGUCUAAAUCUCCCCAGUACCAUAAACUGCAUAUUUUAGAUUGGCCUUUCAUUGUGGCCAGCCUAAGGCACACCUGUAUAAUAGUCAUGCUGUCUAAUCAGCAUUGAUGUGCCACACCUGGGAGGUGGAUGGAUCAUCUCGGCAAAGGAGAAGUGCUCACUAGCACAGAUUUAUGAACAAUAUUUGACAGAAAUAAGCCUUUUGUGUCUGUAGAAAAAGUCUAAGAUAUUUGAGUUCAGCACAUGAAAAAUGGGGGCUAAAGAACUAAGAAGAACUAAAGUGUUUGUUUAUAAUUUUGUUCUGCGUAUAU